AUGCAUUCCCAGAAGAAAGGCGUUGUCCCGGAUGGCCACUCCGUUACCAACAGGCUACAGAACGAGCUUGUGCAGUUGAUGAUGAGCGGCACACCUGGGAUCUCUGCCUUUCCCGAGUCUGACACUAACAUCUUGAAGUGGACGGGAACGAUUGAAGGUCCCCAGGGUACCCCAUACGAGAGCUUGGUGUUUAAAAUCAGCUUAGACUUUCCAUCCAACUACCCAUACACCGCGCCAACCAUCAUGUUUGUGUCACCGAUGUGGCACCCAAACAUUGAUAUGAAAGGAAACAUCUGCCUCGACAUAUUGAAGGAAAAGUGGUCGGCGAUCUAUAACGUCCAGACGAUCAUGUUGUCUUUGCAGUCAUUAUUGGGAGAACCAAACAACAGCUCGCCGUUGAACGCACAGGCUGCGCAAUUGUGGGACACAGACAUGGACGAGUACAAGCGCUUGUUGAUGCAGAGAUACGAAGAGAUUGAAGAUUAG